GUUUUCUACACAUUUUACAACAACCACAACGGGACUUACCAUAUACUAAGCGAAUCCAUAAACUACCAACAACAUGGCCGAUCCUAGACUUAACGAGCUUCUCAAAUGGAGCAUCGAGCAAUCUGAGGCCACCAAAAAUGACCCCGAUGCCCCUCCAGCCAAGACACAACUCACUCCGGAGCUUAUGGCAGCACUCAUGGGCGGCCCCUCCGACGCCGACCUCAUGAAAGCUUCAAUGGAGAUCAUCACUUCCGACAACGCUGAGGAGGUCUCCCUCGACGACAAACUUGUCGCCUUCGACAACUUUGAGCAGCUCAUCGAGAACCUCGAUAAUGCCAACAACAUUGCGAACCUCAGCUUGUGGACCCCACUACUGGACCAGCUCAAGCAUGAAGAGCGCGAGAUGCGCAAGAUGGCCGCAUGGUGUGUCGGCACUGCUGUGCAGAACAACGAAAAGACACAGGAACGUCUGCUUGCUGUGGGGGGAGUGCCUAUGCUGGUAGACUUGGCUACUAAGGAGGAUGAGCCUGUCGAUGUCCGCCGCAAAGCCGUUUAUGCGCUCAGCUCGGCGGUGCGCAACUAUCAGCCCGCCAUGGAUCUCUUUGCCGACGAGUUGACCAAGAAGGGCCACAAGACUGACAAGGUUGACGCUACAAGCAUGGAGGCUGUGGAUGAAGUCGUCAACGGUCUGCGCGAGAAGAUCGGCAAGGCUUAAAAGAAAAAUUGGAAACAUAAAUUAUCAACGCAUCACGAAUGGGUUCACUGGGACGGAGUUGGGCGUCGGUCGGGAAAACAUCUUGUGUCGAUACAGGUUGAUAGACCAAAGGGAGGUAGCAAAAGGCUGGAUGAAGUGGGCACUUUAAGCCCUAGAUUUUUGAUCGUUCAUUUAUGAUACAUAUAUCUUGUACAUGGUUUAUACUACAUAUCUAUCACCCAA